AUGGGAGUCAGUAGCGGCGGGAACGAGGAUGCGAGGUCAAGUUAUUUCGAGAAGAUGCGAGACUUUGUGCGUAAAAAGACGCGCCGACCCAUCGACGACUACUAUGACUGGGUUCCGAGACCGGGAACUCAGUUUUGUAUCCAUAUGACGAUUCGGAGUAUCCAAACUGCAGCAGUGGUCGGAUCCGUACUAGGUCCAGUGUCAGCACUUCUCAUGCAUCGAACAGAUAAAAAAGACUUGGUCGACGCCUUCAGAAUGGGAGGAUUGCACGGAGCGAUGGUCGGGGCUGCACUGGGUCCAGUGAUAUCGCUGGCGACGUGUAAGAACAUGAAUCGUGUGAGGAAAUUUCAAAAUUUGGUGAAGAGCAAAUUCGAUCAAUCACAACUCUGGCAAGACCACAUCGCCAUCGCCUCCGCUGCCGUUGGCUACAUGUCGAAUGGUCAAAUCGGUCUCGUCGUCGGCCUCGACUUGUCUCUUCUAUUUGCAGUAGUUACUAGGAAUUGCGCCAACUGGUUCAAAAAUUUCGCCGGCGUCCGUCAGAGCGAGUUCGAGAUGCUCCAGGUGCCGAAUCCAAAACUAGAGUUCGGAAUCCACGUCACCAUCCGAAGUAUGCAGACGGGAGCGUUGAUUGGCUCAAUUUUGGGACCAAUCUCUCUUCUAGUGUCUCAAAAGGCAAACAAUAAGCAGAAUUAUAUCGACUCCUUCGUGUCGGGCGGCCAGAACGGAGCUGUUCUCGGUGCUAUCAUGGGACCAGUGCUGACCUAUUUGAGCGUUCGCGAAAUGAACACAAUCUCGUUGUAUGAUAAGUGCUAUCGCCUGAGAUUCAACCAAGACGCUCUUCGACAAGACCGUACCGCCGUUUUCUCCGCCGCCGUCGGUCUUCUGAGCUCCGGAUCCACAGGACUCGUCGUCGGACUCGAUUUGUCUCUUCUGAUCAGCAAACUGAUGAGCGGAUGCCGUUGGUAG